AUGUUUCUAUGCGCCAGAAGGUGGUGGAUCCACACGAGCAGACCUCCCCAUCAGAACCCCCCUACAACGCAACCUAACGGCGUGAGCGUCAUCCAGAGCCAGGCACGCCGCGCCCCACCGGCUUCGCCCCUUGCCUCAGCCCCCCGGCGACCACGACCACAGCAGCGGCAGCAGGCGCCCCCGCCGGACCCAGCCCCUCGCUCCGCAGCAGGGGGCACAGCCACGCCCACCGGCAGGAUGAAGAAGCCCUCGGCGGAGAAGGACAGCGACGAGUACCGGCAACGGCGCGAGCGCAACAACCUGGCGGUGAAGAAGAGUCGCAUGCGCAGCAAGCAGAAGGCGCAGGACACGCAGCAGCGCGUCAACGAGCUGAAGGAGGAGAACGAGCGUCUGGAGGCCAAGAUCAAGCUGCUGAGCAAGGAGCUGAGCGUGCUCAAGGACCUCUUCCUGGAGCACGCCCACAACCUGGCCGACAACGUGCAGCCGGCGGGCGCGGCGCCCGCCGGGGCCAGCCCCGCCAACGGCGACGCUAACAACCACAGCCAGUGAAGCGCCGCUACGUGACGAUUGGUCCGUUUUUUUUAUUAUGGAGGGAAGGGGGGAGUAACCGCUGUGAACAUGGAACCGCCUUUUUUUUGUGUUCGCCGUUGUAUGGAUGGAACUAUUUUAUAUACAUUUGAUCAACUCUUGAUAAGUGAAUAAGUUACUGGCUGAAACUCGACAAGCUUUGGUUAGUUGAUUAUAUAUUUUUUCCUUAGUACACUUCACGCCUCUUCCUCUUCCUCCACGGUUGGACAGUUCUGGAAGAGACUCUGAACUCUGUCACACCAAGUGGACUCACUGAGAAGAGACACUCUCUCCUGUGUGUGUGUGUGUGUGUGUGUGUGUGUGUGUGUGUGUGUGUGUGUGUGUGUGUGUGUGUGUGUGUGUGUGUGUGUGUGUGUGUGUGUGUGUGUGUGUGUGUGUGUGUGUGUGUGUGUGUGGGGUCCUACUUGCUGCUGGUCAAUAAUCGGCAAACAUAAAAAAAGCAUGUCUGUUAGAGGAAGGUAGGCGGGGGCAGCCAGAUGCACUGCUGGCCGAGCGGACUCUGCACACUUGCCUAUCCAGCACACACACACACACACACUCUGGCUGUCUCUCUCUUUCGCACACAAACUUCAGGAUCUUGGCACUGCAGUUUUUUCUAUAUUUAAAUUUUCUACUGCUUUUACUCAACAGAACCGCAUGUUGGUUAUUUGCAUGGGGGGGGGGAUAUUUUAAUGUUCAGAAGAGAAUUGAUAACCUGUAAGGUUGUAAACAGCAACGUCUUGAUAUUAUUCUGACGCAGCUUUGCAGACACCAUUUUUCCACAGAUCUGAUGGUUGGCGUAAAUGUUGCUGGGCGGCAUUUCUCAGUGGUGGCCUGGUUUUUUUAUAAGUGUCUUGGGAAUAUGUAUUGUAAAAUAAAAAUGUAAUUAUAAAUGUUGACCUGUCUGUUGACUCUUCAUUCAAGAUG